AUGGUAACCAUUGGAGAACGCAUCGAGAAUGGGCUGAAAACAGGAAAGAUUGCUAAUGUUGACAGCCAAACAAUGGCCAAGAAAUCUCAGGGUGUUUCUAAGAAGAAAGAGGUUAAGGCAAGCGCUAUGAUAGGAAAUGUUUACCCUCCAGUUCAAGCACCUAUGGCUUGUGUGCCAUACCACCCUUAUCCAUACAUUGUCGCUGCUCAAUAUCAGCAACCUGCAUACCAGCCGCAGUAUCAACAGCCUCCACAGGCUCCAGUUUCUCAAAAUCAGCAAGAUAAUAGAAACUAUAGUCAAGUUCUUUUGCAGAUUGGCUUUGUAUUGAAGAAACUGUUUGAUGAUGGUGUUGUGAAACGUGAAGAUUUAUGGAUUACCUCGAAACUCUGGAAUACCGAUCAUGCUCCGGAAGAUGUACCGCCAGCAUUGGAUAGGACUUUAACAGACUUACAGCUUGAUUAUGUUGAUUUGUAUCUUAUCCACUGGCCUGCUCCGAUGAAGAAAGGAUCAGUAGGUUUCAAGCCUGAAAAUCUUGUGCAACCUAAUAUUGCCAGCACAUGGAGGGCGAUGGAAUCACUCUAUGACUCUGGCAAGGCACGGGCUAUAGGUGUAAGCAAUUUCUCCACCAAGAAGUUGGGGGAUUUGCUGGAGAUUGCUCGCAUUCCACCUGCUGUCAAUCAAGUCGAGUGUCAUCCUUCUUGGAGGCAGGACAAGCUGCAGAAUUUUUGCAAUUCCAAAGGUGUCCACCUCUCUGAGUUAAGAACUCAGAACAUUCCUAAGGUAGUAUUUCUUUUGCUGCAAAUGUCAGUUAAUACUGUUGUUUGA